AUGUUGGCAUUUAUCUACCUGGCUUACCAGAUGAUGGCCUUGCUUUACGAGACUGUGCCAGCUUUUGAAGAUACUUGGAUCGAAUGCUUGGGUGAUCUCGGACGAUAUCGUAUGGCUAUUGAAGAUGAGGAUAUCCGAGAUAGGGAGACUUGGGCUGGCGUGGCACGCUCCUGGUAUCCGAUUCUGGGACGUGCCGCGGCAACGUACUCGCAUGCUCUUCCCAUCGAUACUAACUACAUCAAAGCGCAUGCUCUUCUUUUCGAGAAGCUGUCUCUUGAUGACUUUAAACAAGCAACGACCGAGUUCCUCGACAACCUCGACAACCAUAUUGGCAGGGUGACAGCCAAAUGGAAGGAACAAGGCGUUUAUAUCGCUGUCACCAAUAUAGCUGGCUGGUUCAACUACGGUGUAGAUGAUAAUUCAUUUCGACAGGUCUUUCUCACCGAGCUUGUCGCCAAGGCGAAGAACAACCCGGCAGCGCCGGAAGAGCAACUUCGCACCGCAUCACCAGCGGACCAGCAGGACCCAACACCACCAUCUGUCCCCGAAAAUGAACUCCUUCGACACCUUCGCCCUAGCCCUCCGACGCAUCGGCGACAAAAACGUUCUUCCCCACGUGCACAUCAUGCUAUCAUUCGUCAGCACCUUCGCCUCUAACAAAUACGUUUCCCACCUUGUCACCGACACGCCCUGGGCCGAACUCGUCGCCUUCCUCAACACGCUGAUCAAGACCGAAAGCCAGAUCCAGUCUCAGAUCCAAACCCAAACCACCGACUCCCUGUUCUCUUCCCCCGUCUUUCCCAACGAAGGCGAGCGGAGCGACGAACUGCCGCUACCCGAGGACUACCUUGUCCGCGGCUUGAUCUGGGCGCAUGGGUAUUUCCCGAAGAAGUGGUUUGAGCGCGAACACGAUGAGGAAGAGCGGUAUUUGGAGCUGGCUAGUACGGUGAAGAGUCGGAUGGAGCGCGUGUUGAGGGUUUUCUCUUCUUUCUGAUACGUCUGUUUCAACAUGAACGUUUCGCUUUCUUAUUCUGCGGGGGUUUUUUUGUUUGGGUUUGGGUGUUUGGCGUAUGGGAUCCCGAUUGUCUGUCGUCCUGGCUUCAACGCACUUGGGAUGCUGGCAGUCUGCAGUUCCGUCGAGCUGUUUGAGUCUUUUUAUUCGGUAGGUG